AUGUCCUCAAAGACAUCCAAACGGCAACUGACCUGGCGCUUAGCGCGAAGAUUACUGCCUUGGGGUAUUGCGAAAGGAUACAUCAACUUUGUACUCCCUUCCCGUAAGGAUCUCAAGCCGCUUCUGGCAAGGCAAGUCGAAGCACAUACAGCCUACCGGUCAGGCUCCCAGAAACCGGGAACGACCAACCAGAUUCGGCAUAAGGCUCCCAAGAGAGUGGGUAGGAAGGGCGCCCCCGCGGGCAAGGAAUAG